CCCUGCAGUUCAGGAAGGAUGUCGUGCACGCGCACACGCGCUUGUCAGCAGAGCAGAGACAGCUCGCGCUCGCAGAGGAACAUCACGCGUUCAUUCUGAAUUAAAGUGAAUUAAAACGUCCUCGGUACAAGACUGGAGUUAUUCAAGUUAAGAGUUAGAGUCAAGCGUCUCAAAUGGAGACAGAAGCCAUGGAUGUCCAACAUCAGGACGGAGGGCAGGGCAGCGCACUGGACAAGUUCAUGCCCCAGGAGAGUCAUGUCCACACGACACAACCACAGGCCACCGGCAAACCUGACGUCACAGGUCCUGUCCCAGCUGAGAUUGUUGACAGCGGAAGCAACGAGUCGCUGACAGACAGUGUCACAACCAAUGACGACGCUUUACUGCUUCCUGACCACAUACCUACAAUUUCACGCAAAAUAGAGAAAGGCAACGUGAAGCCCAGUUUUCCCAAUGGCUCCUGUUCUCCAGUCAGUGGGUCUGCUGUCAUCCGUACACCUCCGGCGUCUUCAUCAGGAGGAUCGACGCCUCGCCUGACAACGCAACAGAAAUGCAACGGACAUGCAAAGUGCAAUGGACACAAACACCCUCACAGAAAACACACCCCCUCCACCUCCAAGAGCCAGCAGAGCUUCAAGGGUGAUGCCUCACAGAUACAGAGAGUAGCUGGAGAUGACUGCUGUGCGCACUGCAUCCUGGCCUGUCUGUUCUGCGAGGUGCUGUCGUGCUGUUCAGCCGUGGCUCAGUGUUUGGCCUGCGGUCUGGAGUGUGACGCUGUCUGCUGCUGUGGGGAAGCGGCCACCGGAGGUCUGGCGUGCUGUGCUGAGGACACCUGCUCUGCCCUGCUGGACUGUGGGAUACUGGAGGACUGUUGCCAGUCUUCAGACUGUCUGGAGAUCUGUUUGGAAUGCUGCUCCAUCUGUUUCCCUGCCUAACAGGAUUCUCAACAGAUUGAUAUCAACUGCUUAAAAGACUGUAAGCGUCGGUUAUACAUUUUAGUGUUAUCCCGCAUUUUGUAUUUAUUUAGAAUGAAAAAUGAAUUUGUUGCAUCAGUCAAAGUUGGACUGUUCUGUACGAGGCUACUCUCUGAAUUCUGACAGGCCUUAAAUCUGAAGUGUGUUAUUUUUUUGUUUGUUAAAAUACACACAAAAUCCACGUUUUAAUGUGAAAUAUUGCUUUGCUUAUUGGAGAAUCGACCAAUGGCGUUAGUUCAGCAAAUCUUUUUCAUUAUUGCAAUUCUGUUUGGUGGCACAGGAAUAACACACAUCAUUUUUUUAACGGUGAAGAGCAAAGAUUUUGUUUACUGCUCACUUAGACUUACACUACCGUUCGAAAGUUUGAGACUGUGCUGCAAAAAAAACAAACAAACAAACAAACAAACAAGAUUUUGUCUUUUUUUCCAGUACAAAUAUCUAACAGUUCUUAAAUCAUGAAACAUUUACUUGAGAAGCAAC